AUUGCGUGUUGUUAGAAAUAUGGCGACAUCACUUGAUGGGAGGCUAAAGUCGUUUGCUUUCUACUUUGCGGCUGUUUCCAUCAUUUUCUUCAGUUUUUCCAUCAAUGGUCUGCUCGCAUUUCUGGCUAAUUUCAGGAACCCUCUCAAUCCGCGCCUUAGAUCUGCGUCUCCCACAGUUAGACCACCAUUCCCGGGCAAGGACCUCAGUAAUACCUUCUGGUUUGUACACGUGACGGAUUUGCACAUAAGUGAGCAUAAGAGACCCGAGAUUGCGUCUGACUUGGAGAAAUGGUGUGUGCAGAUGCAUGAUGUCAUCAAGCCGCAGUUUAUACUCGUAACCGGAGACUUAACAGACGCGAAAGCGAAGGAUCAAGUGACAUCGUAUCAGCAUAAGAGUGAGUGGCAAACUUAUAAGAGGACGAGGGACGAGUGUUACUCCAGAGCCGCCGCUGCGCAAGAAAAGUCUUAUGUCGAUGGCAGCCGGAAGAACCUUGCGCCCUGGAUAGAUAUUCGUGGAAACCAUGACUCGUUCGAUAUGGACUUGCGCGAUACACAGGGUGGGCCUGUGAACUGGUUCAAGCAACACGUGGCCACGGAGCAUCACAACGUGUCCCACUUUGUAGUUGAGAAACAGUUUGGAAAGUACUCCUUCGUCGGAGUUGAUUUCUCCCCCAACCCUGGUCCCUCUAGACCACUUAACUUCUUCGGAUAUUACGACCACGAAAGAGAUGGAGAUCAAUUGGCAGCCCUGAUCGAGUCAGAGUCGAAGUCGAACUUGACUUUCUUCUACGGGCACCACACACUCAAUGUGGUCACCUCAUCGGAGAAGUUUUUCGCCACCCUCAGAUACGGAGCAGUUUACCUCUGUGGCCACUUGCACGCGUUGUUGAACUCGAAAGGAACCCAACAUCUUUACGGCUACCAUCAUCUCAGAGACUCCUCCCUGUUGGAACUAGAACUUGGCGACUUCCAAACCAACCGCAGGUUCCGUGUGAUGGCGGUGGACCAUGACAUGAUAUCAUUCACAGAUGUGUCCUUCAACAGGUGGCCAGUGGUGGUCAUAACUUGUCCCAAACAUGCAGAAUACACAAUUAGGGACAAAGAACCACUUGGCAGAAUGAAUCACGCAACCCAUAUUAGGACGCUUGUGUUCUCGCCAAAUCCAAUCAGCCAAGUGUUAGUCUCCGUAAGAGCCCCGGACAGUGGUGGAACUUUGUGGGAGUCUGCUGCAGUUCAUUCCGAAGGGCCACUUUACGUUGCAGAGUGGCAUCCCACUCAAUUUGCUGUGGGAAUUUUCUAUAUCCGAGUCUCAGUCAAGGAUUCUACCGGCGCUCAAACGGUGCUGGAACAACCUUUUUCUCUAGAUGGGUCAGUGACUAAACUGCCCCUGGUCGCUUCUUUCAUCAUUGCAGCCGACCUCACUAAAGCCUCCAAAGUCCUCUUCUGGACUGUGCAUAACUUGAUGCUUGUGAUGAUGUUUCUGCUCAAAGUGAAGGCGACGAUGUUAAGAAGGAUGCAUGUGUUCAGUGCUCCAGUUUUCGGUCCUUUACUCCACAGCUUAGCAGUCUAUGCAUCGUGCAACAAUCUCUUCAAGCCAUUUGUUCUCUAUCAACUUUGGAUUGCAUACGGGCCGUGGUUUUUCGGAGCUCUUCUUUCAAACAGGUAUGCGCUUGUAUUUGUUAAUGGAAUUCUCUUCUUGGAUGGAACUUUCAUCCCGUCUGGACUAAACUACUCCUUUGGAUUCCUGCAUUUAAUCUUCCUGGACAUUCCGCUCGUUCUCAUCAUCUCUUCAAUUCUGGACAGAAACAAAUCAUACAAGGGCUCCCUAGGAAGCAAAACUAGCCUAAUACGUGUGCUAACUUGUAGAUUUCUAUAUUUCAUAGCACUGGCAAUGCUUAUGUGGCAAUGUCAUAAGUGCUUGGACUUAUUCUCAAAUUACGGAAUAUUUGCCGUUUUGUCGAAUGUCAUCGAGUUCUACUGUAUAGUGAUGUACAUAUACCAAUUUUAUUACGUUUUUAAUGUUUCACACUUUUUAGCGAACUGAGUCUAUAAAUUAUUGCAUCAUUUAAAAUUGUAACUUUUAAAUUAUGA